AUGAACUCGCGAUUCGAGAGCGUAUCACCCUACACCGAACAACAACACCUUCUCGACCUCACAACCCUUGACAUCGAGAACCAGAUCUUGGCACUUGCCCUAACUCAGUUGACGUGCCUUCGCGAGGACUACGCAACUGCGCCAUACCGCGACACCUUCAACUGGGACCAGAUCAUCGAACACGUUCGCGCACUCGCACAAAAACGUAACCACACGUGGAAGGAGACUUCCUUCUUUGUUGUCGCUUUCCGGUCGCAAGUGUUGGAGUCGACAGUCGAGAACUAUGCGGACCUGGGUGAGCUGGACAAGGCUGCCCAUGCUGAAGCCACUGCGAGUGGAGGGUUCUUGAAGUAUUGGUUCGGCACGCCAAAUGAGGAGCGUCGCAACCUUGCAACUUGCAUCUGGAGAUCCCCAGAAGAUGCAAAGAAGGGGGGCACUGGCCCUGCGCAUCGAAAAGCGGCCGGAGCAACCAGGUCGCUUUCAAGUCCUCCACGACUGACGAACUCCCCCAGCAGCAGCCUUACCACCGCAACGGCAUACCCAACCACACCGUCGCGUCUUCACGUGAGAAUCGAGUCCCGUCAAUCCGCAAUCAUGGCCGAAGUUCAGAAGGAUGCGCCGAUCAAGUCGGUCCAGGUCGAGGCCCUUGUGGUCAUGAAGAUCGUGAAGCACUGCUCGACCAGCUUCCCUACCGUCGCCACCGGCUCCGUCGUUGGCAUGGACAACAACGGUGUCAUUGAGGUCACCAACACCUUCCAGUUCCCCACCGUCGACACCUCCAGCAGCGACAGCCACAGCGAUGCCUCGUCCCUCGCCGCCGCCGCUCCCCGCGCCAAGGCCAACAUCGUCUACCAGAACGAGAUGAUCAGGCACCUCAAGGAGGUCAACGUCGACGCCAACAACGUCGGCUGGUACACCAGCGCCACCAUGGGCAACUUCAUCAACAUGAGCUUCAUCGAGAACCAGUACCACUACCAGAAGGAGAACGAGAAGACCGUCGCCCUCGUCCACGAUGUUAGCAGGAGCUCCCAGGGCGCCCUCAGCCUUCGCGCCUUCAAGCUCUCCCCCGAGUUCAUGACUGCCUACAAGGAGGCCAAGUUCACCACCGAGAGCCUUCGGAACUCCAAGCUCACCUACAAGGACAUCUUCGUCGAGCUCCCCGUCAACGUCCACAACUCCCACCUCCUUACCUCCUUUCUCCACCAAAUACCCGCUCCCCCCAAGAGCGCCGAGAUCCCCAUGCCCGCAUCUCUCGACGACAUCCGCCGCGAUCCCGUCCAGAUCCCCGCCCACCCCGGCUUCGAGUCUCUCGACCUCUCCAUCGACCCCUUCCUCGAGAAGACGUGCGACCUGCUCCUCGACAGCAUCGAGUCGCACUACACCGACCUGAACAACCACCAGUACUACCAGAGACAGCUCACCCGUGAGCAGUUCAAGAUCACCCAAUGGCAGGCUAAGCGCAAGGCUGAGAACGCGGCGCGGUUGGCGGCUAAGCAGCAGCCCCUUCCCGAGGACGAGUGGCAGAGGCUGUUCAAGCUUCCCCAGGAGCCCAGCAGACUCGAGGGUAUGCUCAACGCCCGCCAGGUCGACCAGUACGCCAGGCAAGUGGAUGCCUUCACGGCCAACAUCACGGCCAAGAUGUUCGCCGUCCGGGGCAACCUUCUCCCCGAGUAA